AUUGCAAUGCACAUGUUCAUAAGAGUUGUAGAGAAAGCCUGCCUGUCUGUGCCAAGGUGGAAAUGAAGGUAAGGAAAGAACCGUAUUUACAACAGACUCUUUUCAGCCAAUAGAAUGAGGCGCAUACAGGACAUCAUGUGACAGAUAUGUAUUUACACUACUAAAGUACUGGAUUGUUUUUCCUCCAGUUGCCCAAACAGCAGUUUGCGGUUCCAGAUUCAGCCACCAUUCCUGUUGUCACCCGAAGAACCAAACGAGAGUUAAAACGUGAGUCCAUCUUAAAUCUAUUCAAUACUCACACUGUUAGAAUCAAGACCCACCACAGCCCUGUCCUGGUCCCAGAUCUGCUGUUGUUCACCAGUUAGAAUCAAUCAAUCAAAUUUAUAAAGCCCUUUUUACAUCAGCAGAUGUCACAAAGUGCUAUACAGAAACCCAGCCUAAAACCCCAAAUAGCAAGCAAUGCAGAUGUAGAAGCACGGUGGCUAGGAAAAACUCCCUAGAAAGGCAGAAACUUAGGAAGAAACUUAGAGAGGAACCAGGCUCUGAGGGGUGGCCAGUCCUCUUCUUGCUGUGCCGGGUGGAGAUUAUAACAGUACAUGGCCAUUAACGCCAGAUUGUUCUCCAAGAUGUUAAAACGUUCAUAGAUGACCAGCAGGGUCAAAUAAUAAUCACAGUGGUUGUAGAGGUUGCAACAGGUCAGUACAUCAGGAGUAAAUGUCACUUGGCUUUUCAUAGCUGAGCAUUCAGAGAUCGAGACAGCAGGUGAGGGAGAGAGAGAGAGAGCGAGAGAGAGACAGAGAGACAGAGGGAGAGUCAAAAACAGCAGAUCCGGGACAAGGUACUGUAGCACGUCCAGUGAACAGGUCAGGGUUCCAAGGUACUGUAGCACGUCCAGUGAACAGGUCAGGGUUCCAAGGUACUGUAGCACGUCCAGUGAACAGGUCAGGGUUCCAAGGUACUGUAGCACGUCCAGUGAACAGGUCAGGGUUCCAAGGUACUGUAGCACGUCCAGUGAACAGGUCAGGGUUCCAAGGUACUGUAGCACGUCCAGUGAACAGGUCAGGGUUCCAAGGUACUGUAGCACGUCCAGUGAACAGGUCAGGGUUCCAAGGUACUGUAGCACGUCCAGUGAACAGGUCAGGGUUCCAAGGUACUGUAGCACGUCCGGUGAACAGGUCAGGGUUCCAAGGUACUGUAGCACGUCCAGUCAACAGGUCAGGGUUCCAAGGUACUGUAGCACGUCCGGUCAACAGGUCAGGGUUCCAAGGUACUGUAGCACGUCCAGUGAACAGGUCUGGGUUCCAAGGUACUGUAGCACGUCCAGUGAACAGGUCAGGGUUCCAUAGCUGCAGGCAGAACAGUUGAAACUGGAGCAGCAGCACGACCAGGUGGACUGGGGACAGCCAGGAGUCAUCAGGUCAGGUAGUCCUGAGGCAUGGUCCUAGGGCUCAGGUCCUCCGGGAGGGGAGGGAGAGAGGUAGAGAGGGAGAGGACUGGGGACAGCCAGGAGUCAUCAGGUGGACCGGGGACAGCCAGGAGUCAUCAGGCCAGGUAGUCCUGAGGCAUGGUCCUAGGGCUCAGGUCCUCCGGGAGGGGAGGGAGAGAGGGAGAGAGGGAGAGGACCGGGGACAGCCUGGAGUCAUCAGGCCAGGUAGUCCUGAGGCAUGGUCCUAGGGCUCAGGUCCUCCGGGAGGGGAGGGAGAGAGGGAGAGAGGGAGAGGACUGGGGGCAGCCAGGAGUCAUCAGGCCAGGUAGUCCUGAGGCAUGGUCCUAGGGCUCAGGUCCUCCGGGAGGGGAGGGAGAGAGGGAGAGAGGGAGAGGACUGGGGACAGCCAGGAGUCAUCAGGCCAGGUAGUCCUGAGGCAUGGUCCUAGGGCUCAGGUCCUCCGGGAGGGGAGGGAGAGAGUGUUCACAAGUUACAAUACAAUCCAAGUCUGCAUCUCAAUGCAUCUCAUCUGUUCCCUAUAGUGCCCUACAGGGCUUUGGUCAUCAUUAGUCCCUAUAGUGCCCUGCAGGGCUUUGGUCAUAAUUAGUGCACUAUGUAGGGAUUAGGGUGCCAUGUGGGACGUAUCCCAAUACUAACCUACCACAUCCCUCUCCUAAUGCUGUCCCUCUCUUAUGACAUCACAGCGGCUGCGUCGCGGGAGCGGCCCUGGUCAGCCAUCUUGUCUCCAGAAGACUACUCCUCAUUAGUUGUUCCCUCCCGAAGACACACCUCCAUCAUGCCCUUCCAUGGCUCCAACCUCUCAAAGAGCAUCUCCAUAUCCAACAUCGCUGGGUGAGCAACCCUAACCCUAACCUUAACUCUGACGCUGUACUAUAGCUCAACCUUACUAUAAUGACUGUCAAACCAAAGCUUCAACCUCUCCAAGAGCAUCUCCAAAUCCAACAUGGAGUUGAUUCAGCAUCUCCAAAUCCAACAUGGAGUUGAUUCAGCAUCUCCAUAUCCAACAUGGAGUUGAUUCAGCAUCUCCAAAUCUAACAUGGAGUUACAUUUACAUGUUAGUCAUUUAGCAGACGCUCUUAUCCAGAGCGACUUAAAAUAUGCCAUUUAGCAGACGCUUUUAUCCAAAGCGACUUACAGUCAUGCGUGCAUACAUUUUUUUUUGUGUAUGGGUGGUCCCGGGGAUCGAACCCACUACCUUGGCGUUACAAGCGCCGUGCUCUACCAGCUGAGCUACAGAAGACCACAGUUAAUGAGUGCAUACAAUUUAUUUUUUCAUACUGGCCCCCCGUGGGAAUCGAACCCACAACCCUGGCGUUGCAAACGCCAUGCUCUACCAACUGAGCUACAUCCCUGCCGGCCAUUCCCUCCCCUACCCUGGACGACGCUGGGCCAAUUGUGCGCCGCCCCAUGGGUCUCCCGGUCGCGGCCGGCUACGACAGAGCCUGAACCAGGAUCUCUAGUGGCACAGCUAGCACUGUGAUGCAGUGCCUUAGACCACUGCGCCACUCGGGAGAGUUGAUUCAGCAUCUCCAUAUCCAACAUUCAGCUUCUCUCUGUCUUUCAUCCAGUCACCAGGUGUUUAAUGUUCAAAGUCUCUCUGAUUCUCUCUCUCUGUCUUUCAUCCAGUCACCAGGUGUUUAAUGUUCAAAGUCUCUCUGAUUCUCUCUCUCUGUCUUUCAUCCAGUCACCAGGUGUUUAAUGUUCAAAGUCUCUCUGAUUCUCUCUCUCUGUCUUUCAUCCAGUCACCAGGUGUUUAAUGUUCAAAGUCUCUCUGAUUCUGUCUCUGUCUUUCAUCCAGUCACCAGGUGUUUAAUGUUCAAAGUCUCUCUGAUUCUGUCUCUGUCUUUCAUCCAGUCACCAGGUGUUUAAUGUUCAAAGUCUCUCUGAUUCUCUCUCUCUGUCUUUCAUCCAGUCACCAGGUGUUUAAUGUUCAAUGUCUCUCUGAUUCUCUCUCUCUGUCUUUCAUCCAGUCACCAGGUGUUUAAUGUUCAAAGUCUCUCUGAUUCUCUCUCUCUGUCUUUCAUCCAGUCACCAGGUGUUUGAUGACAUGCCUAUCAAGGGUCUACGGUACCUGUCUCAGUCUACUGACUCUCUGUGCAAGACCAACCUGGUCAAUGAACCUACAGAGUCACUCACAGACGAAGGUUAGUAGGUUACUAGAUUUGAUUUGAUUUGAUUUGAUUUGAUUUACUACUAGAAUACAGUCUCUCUCUGUGUGUGUCUCUCUCUCUCUCUCUCUCUCUCCCCUCUCUCUCUCUCUCUCUCUCUCUCUCUCUCUCUCUCUCUCUGUCUCUCUCUCUCUCUCUCUCUCUCUGUGUCUGUGUCUCUCUCUCUCUCUCUCUCUCCCCUCUCUCUCUCUCUCUCUCUCUCUCUCUCUCUCUCUCUCUCUCUUCAAUUCAAUUUUCAAUUUAAGGGCUUUAUUGGCAUGGGAAACGUGUGUUAACAUUGCCAAAGCAAGUGAAAUAGAUAAUAAACAAAAGUGAAAUAAACAUUCAAUAUUAACAGUAAACAUUACACUCGGAAGUUUCAAAAGAAUAAAGACAUUUCAAAUGUCAUAUUAUGUCUAUGUACAGUGUUGUAACAAUGUGCAAAUAGUUAAAGUACAAAUGGGAAAAUAAAUCAACAUAAAUAUGGGUUGUAUUUACAAUGGUGUUUGUUCUUCACUGGUUGCCCUUUUCUUGUGGCAACAGGUCACAAAUCUUGCAGCUGUGAUUGCACACUGUGGUAUUUCACCCAGUAGAUAAGGGAGUUUAUCAAAAUUGGAUUUGUUUUCGAAUUCUUUGUGGAUCGCUGUAAUCUGAGGGAAAUAUGUGUCUCUAAUAUGGUCAUACAUUUGGCAGGAGGUUAGGAAGUGCAGCUCAGUUUCCACCUCAUUUUGUGGGCAGUGUGCACAUAGCCUGUCUUCUCUUGAGAGCCAGGUCUGCCUACGGUGGCCUCUCUCAAUAGCAAGGCUAUGCUCACUGAGUCUGUACAUAGUCAAAGCUUUCCUUAAGUUUGGGUCAGUCGCAGUGGUCAGGUAUUCUGCCACUUUGUACUCUCUGUUUAGGGCCAAAUAGCAUUCUAGUUUGCUCUGUUUUUUUGUUAAUUCUUUCCAAUGUGUCAAGUAAUUCUCUUUUUGUUUUCUCAUGAUUUGGUUGGGUCUAAUUGUGUUGUUGUUGUUGUUGUCCUGGGGCUGUGUGGGGUCUGUUUGUGUUUGUGAACAGAGCCCCAGGACCAGCUUACUUAGGGGACUCUUCUCCAAGUUCAUCUCUCUGUAGGUGAUGGCUUUGUUAUGGAAGGUUUGGGAAUAAACUUUUUUAAGUGGUUAUAAAAUUUGGACGGCUCUUGGUUGGACUGAUAAUUAGCGGAGGGGCAAGAAUUGUUAUAUCAUAGGAGAGAGGAGAGAGAGGAGAGAGAGAAGAGAGAGCGGGAGGGGGAAGGUAGGAGAGAGGGGAGAAGAGGAAAUGAGAGGGAAAUCUCUAUCUUCUCUCUCUUCCUCUCUCUCUCUGUCUCUGUCUGUCUUAAAAUCUCUCUCUCCACCCUAUCAGCCCUAAACAGCUGGUGAACAGCUAUGGAUAGAAUUACUGACAUGCUUUGUGUCUUUAAAUGCGUCCCAAAUAGCACCCUAUGUCCGGUAUAGUUCACUAUACCCAGAACACUACUUGAGCCCUGAACAGAAGUAGUCCAGUAUAAAGGGAUAGAGAGUGAGACAAUGUGUAUGAGAACCGGGAAGCAGUCUAUUUAUUUGACACACAACACCACAGGCAAAGCACACCACACACACACAAAACACACACACAAACACACACAACACCCACACCCACACACACACAACACACACACACACACAGACGUGAUACACACACACACACACAAUACACACACACACACAGACGUGAUACACACACACACAUACACACACACACACACAUACACACACACACACACACAGACGUGAUACACACACACACACACACACAUACACACACACACACACAAUACACACACACACACAGACGUGAUACACAUACACACAUACACACACACACACACACAUACACACACACACACACACACACAGAGACGUGAUACACACACACACACACACACACACACACAGUAAAGGUAAAGUGUCAGGUAGCCUAGCGGUUAGCGUGUUUGGCCAGUAACCGUAAGGUUGCCGGUUCGAAUCCCCGAGCUGUCUGUGCCCUUUGAGCAAGGCACUGAAUCCUAAUUGCUCCUGUAAAUUGCUCUGGAUAAGAGCGUCUGCUGAAUGACUAAAAGGUCAAUAAAUACAUGUGAAUGCUAUCUGACUUGUUGUGUUUACUGUAGGCACAGAGAUGAUUGACAGUCAGCUGAUGGGGGAGUUUGAGGCAGACCUGAAGGAGCUAGAAGCAGACUCCUGGAGCAACAUUAUGGACAGCAACUUCCUCAAACAUCUUAAAAAGGACGUCAUCAAGAGACAGGAUGUGAUCUACGGUACCUAGACCAUGCUACAGUACCUGCCAUGAGUUAUACCCUCUCAUGGACACCCCCCCUCCCCAUAAUGGGUGGACAUCUUCACCCCCCUUUCCCCCAUCUCAUUAUCCAACUGGACAGGACACAAGGGGGUAAAACCAUAGUUUGUAAAUCCAGACUGAUCCAGACUGGAUCUAACAAGAGGGGAUAAAACACAUGUUUGUAAACCCAAAAGCCAAAUGGAUCUAACAGCGGGGAUAAUACACUUAUUGUAAAAACCGACUGUUCUGACCGACAAGGGGGUAAAACCCCAUAGUAUUUUAAAUCCGACUGUCCAACUGGAUCAGAAGACAGAGGGAUAAUAAAACAUAGUAUUUUAAAAACCCAAAAUGUUCUAACAACAGAGGGGGAUAAAACAUUUGUAUUGUAAAUCCCCCACGAUCCAAUGGAUCUAAAGCAGAGGGGAUAAACCAUAGUUUUUUUUAAAUCCAGACUGUAUUGACAACAGAGGGAUAACAACCCAAUAUUGUAAAUCCAAAGAUCCGACUGGAUCAAAAACAGAGGGGGUAAUAAAAGUAUUGUAAAUCCAGAUGAUCCCAAAGUAUCUAGACAGAAAGGGAUAUACAAAUAGUAUUUUUAAAUCCAAAUGACCCCUGGUUAGACAGGGGCAAGGGGGGGAAAAACUGUAUUGUAAAACCAAUGACCAGACUGAUCUAACGACAAGGGGGAUACACCCUGUAUUGUAAAAACCAGAGAUAAGAAAAUCAAGGGGGGCUUUGUGAAUAAAAAAUAGGGCAAAACUGAAGGGUUCAAAACCCCUACCCCUCUAUUAGUUACAAAGAACUACACCCCCUAUCUGGGUUACAAGCCUAACCCCCCUUCUGGGGAAAAUGAACUACUACCCCCCUAUAUAUUACAAUAAAAACUACCCCUCUAUAUAGUUUAAAAAACACUACCCCCCCUAAGGGUUACAAGAACUACCCCCCUCUAUCAGUUUCAAAGAACUAUCACCCCCCUAUUUGGGUUACAAAACACUACCCCUCUAUCUAGUUCAAUGAAAAUCUACCCCCUACUAGGGUUACAAAGAAACUUUCUACCCCCCUAUCUAGGGGGACAAUGAACUACUAAACCCCCCCCUAUCUAUGGUUUCAAUGAACUACUACCCCUUAUCAGGGUUACAAUAAACCCCCUCUAUCUAGGGUUUCAAUGAAACUACCCCUCAUUUAGGGGUUACAAAGAACUACACCCCCCCCCAUCUAGUUACAAGAACAUACCCCUCUAUUAGGGUUACAAUGAAAAUACUACCCCCCUCAUUUUUACAAUACACCCCCCUAUUAUUACAAUUAAUUACUACCCCCCUUCUAACAAGAAUACUCCCUCAUCUAGGUUACAAAAAAACUUCCCCCCCUAUCUGGGGUUUCAAAGAACACUACCCCCUAUUUUUUACCAAAAGAACUACUACCCCUUAUCUAGUUAAAAUGACUACUACCCCUCUAUUAGGUUUCGACACACCCCUCUAUCUGGGUACAAUAAAAUACACCCCCAUUUACCCCUGAUCCUCCCCCAACUUAAACCCCCCCCUCUCCCGUAUCUUUCCCCCCCCUAACCUUAACCCCCUCUCUCCCUGUUCCCUUUCCCCCCUCCUAACCUUAACCCCCUCUCUCCCUGUAUCCCCCUCCUAACCUUAACCCCUUCUUCCUGUACCCCCCCCCUAACCUUAAACCCCCCUCUCCCCGUUCUCACCCCCCCUAAAACCUUUAAACCCCCUUUCUCCCGGUUUCUCACCCCCCUAACCUUUAACCCCCCCCUCCCCGUAUCUCCCCCUCCACCUGAACCCCCCCCUUUCCCCGACCCCCCCUACCAAACCCCCCCCCCGGGCCACCCCCAAACCAACCCCCCCCCCACCCCCCCCCCCCCAAAACCAACCCCUCUCUCCCGGGGCCCCCCCAACCAACCCCCCCCCCUGUUUCCCCUCCACCUUUAACCCCCUCCCCUGUUCUCCCCCCCCCUAACCCAACCCCUCCCCCUGUAUCCCCCCCUAACCUUUAAACCCCCCCUCUCCCGGAUCCCCCCCCCAACCUGAACCCUUCCUCCCUUUUUCACCCCCCCAAACCUUUAAUUCCUUUGUACCCCCCCCCUAUUUAAAAAAAUCCUGGGGACCCCCCCUAACCUUAAAAUCCUCCCGGGACCCCCCCCCUAACCUUAAAUCUUCCCCCUUACCCCCCAAAAAAGAAAUCCCCUUUGGGUGAAAACCCCCCAACCACCCCCCCCAUUCCCCCCCAAACCCCACCCCCCCCCGGGCCCCCCCCAAAAACCCCCCCGCCCGACCCCCCAAAACCUAACCCCCCCCCCCUGAUCCCCCCAAAAAAAAAUUUUUUUUAUUUUUUGAAAAAUUUUGUUCCCCCCAAAAUCUCUGUUUCCCCCAACCUUUAACCCCCCCCGGGCCCCCCCCAACCGAAAACCCCCCCCCUGUAUUCCCCCCCCAAACCCAAAACCCCCCCCGUACCCCCCCCAAAAUUUAACCCCCCCCCGACCCCCCCCAAAAUUAAAAUUUUCCCCCUUUUUUAAAAUUAACCCCCCCUUUCCCUGUAUUCCCCCCAACCGACCCUUUCCCUUCUCCCCUUUUACCCCCCCUUCCCUCCCAACUUAAACCCCUUUUCCCCCCUUAUCUCCCCCCCCAACCUUAACCCCCCUCUCCCUGUAUCUUUCCCCCCCCAACCUUCCCCCCCCCCUCCCUGUCCCCCCCCCCCCCCAACCUUAAACCCCCCCCCCCUUCCCUGUAUCUCUCCCCUCCAAAAACCUUUAACCCCCCCUUUUCCCCGACCCCCCCCCCCCUCCCCCCCUUAACCCCCUCCCCCCUUUCCUAACUUAACCCCUUUUUCCCUGUACCCCCUCCUCCUUAACCCCCCUCUUCCCCCUAAAACCCUUAAACCCCUUUCCCCUGUACCUCCCUCCUACCCUUUACCCCCUGCCCCUUCUCACCCUCCUAAAAAAACCCCCCCCCCCCAACCCCCUUUUCCCCCCCAACCACCCCCCCCCCCUGAUCCCCCCUAACCAACCCCCCCCCCUGAUUUUCCCCCCAAAUUAACCCCCCCCUCCCCUGUAUCUCCCCCCCCUAACCUUAACCCCCUCUCUCCCCGUAUCCCCCCCAACCUUAACCCCCUCCCCCCCUUACCCCCCCCCCCCCUUAAAACCCCCCCUUAAACUCCCUCCCCCAACCUUAACCCCCCCCUCCCCUGUACCCCCCCUAACUUAACCCCUCUCUCCCGACCCCCCCUCCUAAACCUUCAACCCCCCCCCCUCCCAUCUCCCCCUCCAACCACCCCCUCUUCCCUGUACCCCCCCCUAAAUUAACCCCCCCUUCCCCCGUACCCCCCCCCCCCCCUAACCUUUUAACCCCCCCCUUUUUACCCCCCCAACCAAAAACCCCCCCCCCGACCCCCCCAAAAAAUUAAACCCCCCCCUAAAAACCCCCCCCCCAACCAAAAAACCCCCCCCCCUGUAUUCCCCUCCUAACCUAAAAACCCCCCCUUCCGUAUCCCCCUCCUAACCUUAACCCCCCCCCCCUUUCCCCCCCCCUAACCCAAAACCCCCCUUUCCCUGACUAAACCCUCCUAAAACCACCCCCCCUCCCCCCCUUUUUUCCCCCCCCCCCAACCCAACCUUAACCCCUUCUCCCUUUCCCCUUUUUUCUCCCUCCUAACCUAACCUUAAACCCCCUUCCCUGUUUCCCCCUCCCAACCUAAACCCCCUCUCCCGUCCCCCCCCCCUAACCUAACCCCUUCCCCCCCCUUAUCUCCCCCCUAACCCUUGUUGUCCCCCUCUCCAGAGCUGAUGCAGACAGAGAUGCACCAUGUGCGGACCCUGCGGAUCAUGGUGGAGGUGUACAGUAAGGGUCUACUGAAGGAGCUGCAGCUGGAUCCUCAGACAGUCGACAGGCUGUUCCCCGCCCUGGACGAGCUCCAGGGCCUCCACACCUCCCUCCUGACACGCCUCCUGGAGAGGAAGAGAGAGAGCCAGCAGGAGGGGGAGGACGGAGGGUUCAUCAUUAACAAGAUAGGAGACAUCCUGGAGACACAGGUUAGACGAGGGAGGGAGGGAGGGAGGGAGGGAGGGAGGGAGGGAGGGAACCAGCAGGAGGGGGAGGACGGAGGUUUCAUCAUUAACAAGAUAGGAGACAUCCUGGAGACA